AUGGUGAAUCUAGCAUCCGCUUCUGUGCAACUCUCAAAUCCAUUUCCGCCAUCUUCUUCUUACAAACCUCUUAUCCGCAGGAACUUCCUUCUCUUCACAACAAGAGCCAACGAACCUCAAACACCACCCUCUGAUUCGGACCCAUCCAAACCCGAUUCCGAGAUUACCGCCACCGGAGCAGACUUUGAUAACCGCAUUAACCAACUCCGCCUCCGUUCCCGGAGGGGCGCUGGCAAGAAGGCGGAAGCCCGUAAGAGCCGAAAGUUGAAUAAGGCUACUUCAGGGUCAGCGCCGGGGUCCGGCGUGUACCUACCGCCGGUGCCGUUAAAAGAACCAGUUUCCGGUGGAUUGAAGGUGGAGUUAGGGUUUAGCAAAUUCAGCGAGAGAUUGAACGGUCGUGUUGCGAUACUUGGAUUAACGGCACUGUUGCUGGUGGAAUUGGCAACAGGGAAAAGCGUUAUCAAUUACCACUCACCUGGCACUGUGCUUAUUCAGUUUUAUUUUAUGGCUGCACUUACUGCUAUCUAUGUCAAGUUUCAGAAGGAGAAAAUCAGUAUUUGGCCCGACUCUUCUUCAACAAACUAA